AAACCCUAAUAAAACCCUAGGACCUAAAUCUAGAAGCUUCCGUUUCUCUCUAGAGAACCUUGAUCCCCAAUUCCUUCAUCCCCAACGGCAAUCCAACCUCUUGUUUUAAAAGGAGAGAUCUGCAGCUGCAACUUCGCACUUUCAUUUUGCCAGAGUUUCUUAGCAAAAGAAAAGAAUGGCAAGGCGCUUGAUUCCCACUCUUAACCGCGUCCUGGUGGAGAAAAUUAUCCCUCCCUCCAAAACCACUGCUGGUAUUCUUCUCCCGGAGGCAUCCACUAAGCUUAACUCAGGGAAAGUGAUAUCUGUCGGUCCUGGGUUGAGGAGCUCUGAAGGGAACACUAUCCCUCCAGCUGUGAAGGAAGGUGACACUGUGCUUUUGCCUGAAUAUGGGGGCACCCAAGUCAAACUUGGUGAAAAAGAGUAUGUUUUGUAUAGGGACGAAGAUAUCUUGGGUACUCUUCAUGAGUAGAGAUUAAUUGUUGUCCAUUUAAUGUAUUUUUUGUUUUCAUGGGGUUGUGAUUGAGGCUUUGGGGUUAAGGCACUGCCUGGGUUCUAUGGAUGCAACUGUUAACAAAUUGAGGUUUUUAAUUGAACUGAUGGUAAUAUGCUUUGGAAUAUGAGAAUGGCAAUUGUUCAUCUC